AUGAAGUUCCUCUCACGAGUCCUGCAGCUGGCCCUCUGCCUUGCUCCCUGGGUUGAGGGCUCAGAGUUCACCCUGCUCCUGGUCCUGCCCAACACCUCUCAGCCCUUCAGUGUGGGCAGGAUCGGGGCUGGUGCCCUCAUUGCCAUAGACAAGGUGAACCAGAGCCCUGAGCUGUUAAAAGGUCACAGACUAAAGUACGAGUAUGUGGACGACGAAUGUCACGAUGUGAACGGGCCUGGGAAGAUUGUGGAGAUGAAACAGAGACUUAACUACAGUGCUUUCAUCGGCCCCUCCUGUUCCAAUGUAUGUGCCAUCACAGCAAAACUAGCAGCCUUCUGGAACAUUCCCGUCAUUAGCCCCACCUGCGCAGACCAGCAAUUGCUCGACAAAAAGGCAUACCCCACUCUGACCAGGGUGUUUGGUCCCUUCACUAAGAUGGGUUCCUUCUUUGUUAGAAUCUGUAGAAAAUUUGAUUGGAAACGGAUCGGGAUCAUUCAUGAGCCUGAACCAAUCUGGGUCAUACCAGCAGAAGGCAUCAGGUAUCAAGCACAGGUCAAUAACAUAUCUGUGGCCAAAUACGUGAAGUUUGAAGACCCUGGUGGUCAGGAUGACAGAUCCCUCCUACUAGACCGUGUCCUCAUGGAGGUUGCCAAGGUCUCACGCAUCAUAGUGAUCUCUGCAGGGGGGGAGACAGUCAGACGCUUCCUGAUCCAGGCACACAGGAACAAACUGACCAAUGGGGACUAUGUCUUUUUCUGCUUCGAACCCUAUAUCCUGACGGAGAUGUUCGGCAACUUUGAUUGGAGAAGAGGUGACGCUGAGGACUCGCUGGCUAAAGAGGCCUACAGAACCUUGUUUCUGCUCUCACUCUACAAGCCAGACAAUCAGGGCUACCAUGACUUUUCCAACAAUGUCAUCCGCCGGUCUCAAGAAGACUUUGGUCACACCUACACAAAUGAAAAGGUGUCCGUGCUGGCAGCGAUAGCCCAUGAUUCUGUGUGGCUGUAUGCACAGGCCCUGGCUGAAACCCUGGCGGAGCAGGGUGACCCCUACGAUGGCCGAGCUGUCACCCACAGAAUGUGGAACAGGACCAUCACAGGUAUCCAGGGAGAUGUGACCAUGGAUGCCAGUGGGGACAGAGAGUCAGCCUACAUGGUAAAGCACAUCCAGGGUGAGGAUGGAGAGUUCAAGGUUAUUGCCAACUACUUUGGCGCCAACAAGACCUAUGAGUCUGUAGAUGGGGUGAAAAUCCUUUGGCCUGGAGGCAGGAAGACGCCACCAAGAGACACGCCCCCAUGUGGCUACAAUGGUGAACUCUGCACAGACAGAAGACUACUGAUAGCCAUGGGGAUGAUUGCCAGUGUACUUGUCACAGGGACGAUAGCCGUUUGUUUCCUGUACAGGAAGUAUAUCCUACAUGAAAAGGUGUCUGUGAUGCUGUGGAGGGUCAACCCCAGUGAUGUCACCAUGAUAGAGAACAGCUCGACCUCCACUGGUCAGGUACCUUUCUUCAACUCCCAGUCCAUCCAUGCAUCCUCUGAGUCCAUCCUUGAUAUCUUGGAAGACAGACAGUCCUCCCUUCGAACAGCUGUUUACAAAGACAACAUCUGUUGGGUGCGCUUCCUAAAUGUGAAGAAUGUCAGUCUGAGUGGAGAGCUUGUCACUGAGCUGAAGCAGUGCCGGGACCUGAUCCACCCAAACAUCUGCAGCUUCAUCGGAGUUUGUCUGGAGGCUCCUCAGCUGUUUCUGCUGACAGAGUAUUGUCCUAAAGGAAGCCUACAUGACAUCUUGACGAAUGGCUCCAUCAAGCUUGACUGGAGCUUCAAGUACUCCCUGCUGCUCGACAUCGUGAAGGGGAUGGACUACCUACACCGCAGCCCUCUUCGAUCACAUGGCCACCUGUCCUCUUUCAACUGCGUCGUGGACAGUCGCUUUGUUCUCAAGGUCACCGACCACGGCCUCGGUGACCUCCGACGGCCACUCAGCCGAGAGCCCUGGACCACUCUUGUGUGGCGGGCACCAGAGCUGCUGAGAGACUGCCCGCCCCCUGCUGGCACUCAGAGGGGCGACGUCUACAGCUUUGGAAUCAUUGUUCAAGAGGUGGUGUACCGAAACGGGCCCUUCUUCAUCCCAAACAGCAGCCUCAAGGCAAAAGACAUCGUGGCAGGCGUGAAGGCGGGCGGCUGCAGCCCGCUGCGCCCCCACACUGACCGGGAGGUGUGCCCGGAGAGUGUGGAGGCUCUGAUGGCAUCCUGCUGGAGCGAGAGGGCGGCCGAGCGGCCCGAUUUCUCCUCCCUGCGCCUCAUCGUCAAGAGGCUCUGUCCCAGUGGUGGGGAGAGCAUCCUGGACAACCUGCUGAGUCGUCUGGAGCAGUAUGCCACCAACCUGGAGGAGGUGGUGAACGAGCGCACGGGCCAGUUGCUGGAGGAGAAAAGGCGAGCAGAGGGCCUGCUCACCCAGAUGUUGCCACGGUCCGUCGCCGUGCAGCUGAUCGCUGGGAAGACGGUGAGGGCGGAGACCUACGACUGCGUCACCAUCUAUUUCAGCGACAUCGAGGGCUUCACCGCCAUGUCCGCCAGUCUCACACCCAUGCAGGUGGUGAAUGUACUGAAUGACUUGUACACCUACUUUGACAACAUCAUCGACAACCACAACGUGUACAAGGUGGAGACCAUUGGCGACGCCUACAUGGUCGUGUCUGGUCUUCCCAUUCGAAACGGUGUCAACCACGCCAAGGAGAUCGCACGAAUGUCCCUGUCAAUGGUCCAGGGCAUGAAGCAAUACCAAAGCCCACACGUACCCCAGCAACAACUAAAGGUCCGCAUUGGCCUGCACUCAGGCCCCUGUGUGGCAGGUGUGGUGGGUCUUAAGAUGCCUCGUUACUGUUUGUUUGGGGACACGGUCAACACUGCCUCACGAGUCGAGUCGUGCGGAUCACCUCUGAAGAUCCAUGUGAGCAGCUCCACCAAAGCUCUCCUGGACACAUUUGGGACAUUCCAUUGUGAGCUGAGGGGGGAUAUUCUGAUGAAGGGAAAGGGGCUUGUAAGGACAUUUUGGCUUUUGGGAGAGCACCAGUGAAAAUGUUAUUUUUUCCAUUGUGAUUUAGGUUUGUAUCUUUACCAUAAAGAGUAGUUCUGAAGCAUUCAUUUCAUUAUCUUUGAAAAUGAUAAGUGUUUUAUGUUCCCCCCCAGUGAUUGACAUUUAAUAAAUGUUACAGUUUUCUAAACAAAUAACUGUUCUACUGCUAAAGCUUUUGCUAGAUGUAUUUAGUCACGGUAUGCAUUGUUUUGCUUUUAAUACUUUAUAACUUUUCUGAUUAAUGUUUGAGAAUGCAAUUUCAAGACAUAUCUUCAAGGCUCCCAUCACCUUCAGAAGUUGUUUUGCAUACUCUAAAGCACUUUAUUAAAAAAAUACACAAGCUUUAUGAAAAGCACUGUAUCAAA